AUGCGCUUGUUUAAUUCUUCAUUGAUUAUCGUCUGCAUUCCAUAUGCCGUCAAAGGCCCGCAAAUCCAGCAGUUCGCGAGUAACGAGGGCGGCAAGAGAUGCUGUCAUCGGGAUAAACAAACCGGAAAAACGACGAAAAAUAUCCUUAGAGGAACAGAUGCCGACGGAUUCAAACGGAUCGAUAUCGAAACUGCUAUCAGGAACAGCUUAUUGGAACAGAAUCCUCCUCAGCAGGAACCCCGUCCAAAUGGCCUAUCGAAGGCUCGCAAAUCCAGCUCCCGUCGUGUUACGAAGAUGGCAAGGAGAGCUGUUCUUAGUACGAGAAAGGAAGAGCAAGGAUGCAUGAAGACCGAUCCGAACCAGUUCGACGACGACGCAAUUGAAUGUGCCAUCAGAAUUUCCUUGAUGGAACAGAAGAAAGAAAAAGAAAAGAAGUAA